CAAAGGAAGCCAGCAAGCGCUCCAUCCUCUCCGACGCCCUGGAAGUAGCUUUUGAAGUGACAAACAAGAGACUGGAGAAGUAUAAAGAGAAUUGUAGCUGCGCUGGAGUGUGUGGUGUGGUGUAGUAGAAGACAUGGCGGCGGGAUCGAGCAUCAAGAGGUUCUUCUGCUGGUGGAGCUGUCUCAAGAUUCCCCUGAGCCACAGAGAAGAAAUGUCCCACAUCUUGAGGAUGGCUGGACCUCUGUUGCUGUCUCGGGUGCUCAAUUAUCUGCUUCCCUUUGUGGUCACCAUGUUCUGCGGACGUUUGGGCAACGAGGUGAUGGCUGGAUAUGGAUUAGCGUCUGCUACCAUCAACAUCACCACAGCGGCAACGGGGUACGGACUUGCUCUCGCUUGUGAUACGUUGGUCUCUCAGACUUUUGGUGGUAAGAAUCUGCUACGCGUAGGCGUGAUCCUGCAGAGAGGCGUCCUCAUUCUCCUGUUGUUCUGUCUGCCCUGUUGGGCUUUGCUCCUCAACGCCCAGAGUCUCCUACUACUCAUGGGCCAAGGCCCUGAGGUCACCCGAAUAGCGAAUCUGUACAUCAUAGCCUACUUGCCGGCCGUGCCAGCAAUGUUUCUCCACAACCUUCAAGCAUCUUACUUGCAGAACCAGGGUAUAAUCCUUCCACAGAUGUACACUGCAGCCAUGGCAAAUGUUGCCAACCUGAUGAUGAACUAUGUGUUCUUACACUGGCUCGAUCUAGGAGUCACUGGAUCCGCAGCUGCCAACACACUCUCUCAAAUGAGCAUCUGCGCUCUGUUGUUUGCUUACAUUCGCUGGAAGAAGCUGCACGUCUCAACAUGGGGAGGUUGGUCAAUGGAAUCCCUGCAGGAGUGGGGCUCCUACAUGAGGCUGGCUGUUCCAAGCAUGCUCAUGAAAUGUUUCGAGUGGUGGCUCUUUGAGUUGGGGGGAUUCUUUGCGGGGAUGUUGGGUGAAGAUGAGCUGGCCACCCAGCAUGCAGUGAUGAUGGUUUCUGCACUCGCCUACAUGUUGCCUUUUGGGAUACAGGCAGCGGCCUGCGCUCGAGUGGGUAAUGCCCUCGGUGCUGGAGACACGCGCAGGGCCAUCCUCACCUGCAAGGUGGCCCUGAGCCUCGCCGGUGCAUUUACAGUUGUUGAAGGUACCGUGCUUGGCUUCACUAAAUCAGUGAUUGGCUUCCUCUUCACCUCCGAUCAGAAGAUCGUCAAUCUGGUGUCGGUUGUAAUGAACGCUUACGUCUUCGUUCAGUUCUUUGAUGGCCUCGUGUGUGUGUGCACAGGCAUCUUUCUGGGGACAGGAAAGCAGAAGAUUCCAGCAGUGGCUAACUUCAUCGGCUAUUACGGGGUCGGACUAACGCUCAGUGUGACGCUCAUGUUUGUGGUAAAGCUCAGGAUUUUAGGUUUCUGGCUGGGGAUUAUGAUUUGCCUAAUCUUGCAGUCCGUCAUUUACAUUAUUAUCAUCUUCAAACUGGACUGGAAGACGAUGACGGAGGAGGCUAUGAAGCGAGGCCAGAAGAGCACCCAUUUGGCCUUAAUGAGCCCAGCUGUGCAGGAAGAGUGCCCGGCUGACAUAAGCGAGGGCAACACUGCCACACAGCAGCAGGCGAACGCUGACCGUCUCUCUCUGGGCCAGCUAGUGCUGAGGCGAGGACUCGCUCUGUUGGCCGCCCUCUCCAUUCUGGUGACGGGCACCUGCGUGUACUUCCUUGUACCCCUGCCGGUGGCCCCGUUUCCCAAAAGUAAUCUGACUAAAACGGACUCGGGCAAUAGCACGUGCUGUUGAUCUCAUGGUCAUGGUCGGGCACCCUUUUCUGUUUUGUUGGCCUGACGAUAUCAUCCAACAAAGGUGGAAAGAAGUCGUCUUUCAUUUUACAUGUACGUCUUGAUUAGCUUUAGUUUGGUGUGUAAGAGUUCAAAAGCAUAGAUUUCUGGGACAAGGCAUGAUUUACAGUUGGAGAGGAAUCAUGCCACACAGGUGACAAUGAAUCGAAAUCCGCUUAUCCCCACAAGGGUCACGGGCGUGCCGUAGCCUAUCCCAUCGGUCUUCCGGCAGGAGGCAGGCUAACCCUGAACUGGUUGCCAGCCAAUCGCAGGGCACACAUAGACAAACAACCAUUCGUAUAGGGAUAAUUUAGAGUACUCCAUUAAACAUUCUAGGCAUGUUUUUGGAACGUGGGAGGAUUCGUGUUUAAAUCGCAGAACUGAAUCCAUUAA